UGUGUUGUUGCUGGCUCUGAUGUGCUUGAAUGUAGAGUUCAAAGUCUUUUCAGCACCUCUCUGUGUGCAUGGAGAUUCAGGAUGUCAUUUUAUUUCUGUCUCGGACCUCUUUAACAGAGUCAUCCAGUACUCCCGCAGAAUGCAUAAUCUGUCAAGCGACCUCUACUCUGAGUUUGAGAAAUACUUUCUACCAAGCAAAAAUCACAUAGGCAGUGCCACCCAAAAUUGUCCUACAGCUAAGAUUUCAACUCCCAACAACAAGGAUAAUGCACUGAGGGCUACAGGAGAAGAACUAAUGCAAGUGAUACUGCAGCUUCUGGUUGCUUGGAUAGACCCGCUCCUACAGUUCUACCAAAAUAUUGCACAUAAUAAGGAGUUUACAAACUUCAGCAGCAGCAAAGUUCUGGAAAUGAGUAACAUGCUUCAUGAGCUGAAGACUGGAGUGGAAAAAUUGAUACAAAAAAUGCAGGUAAUGGGAAUCAUCAGCAAUUCCAUCAAUGGCUUAUCCCAGGGAGAAUCAGACUUGUCGUCAUCUGCCAGCAGAGAAGUUCAGCCAAUGAAUGAUUAUGAGCUGCUUCACUGUUUCAGACGAGAUUCCAAUAAAAUUCAAAACUACUUGAGAAUCUUAAAGUGCAGUAUAGCUACUGAGCAUGCGUGUUAAAAAAAUGACAGCAAGUUUAGCCUAAUUUGCUGCUGGCGGUAUGAAUUGGGUUUAUAACUGUGCUGUACAAUAACUGUGUGGUUCCUUUUUCACUGAUUAUUGGAGUAACCAAUGUAUUUCUCACAUAGUGCAGUAAGAAUAUUGCUAAUCAAUAUUAUACAGUGCAAGUAGAAUAAAUGAACACCCCCAGU